GUGUUUCUGCUCGGAAUGUAACAUAGGAUGGUUAAAGACGUGAACAUUAAAAGCGAUUGCAUUAACACAUAACAUAAUCCCAUAGUUAGGGUCGUAUUUGCUCACAGAUUAUUCAAUGGUUACUGUUAAUAUGCCUGCUGUGUUUCCAGUGCCAGUUAUUGCAUGUUAACUUUUCCAUCUACGACACUGGCAAGGCUUCGGUUAAACUGAGGAGUGAGAACUCUUUUCCUUACCUUCUCUAUCGUGUGAAAGACUAUGAGUAAAGAGUCCAGAAUGAGGGCAACAGUAAACCAGAAGCUGACGGAGAUGGGAGAACGAGAAAGACUGAAGGAGUUACUGAGGGCUAAGCUAACUGAGUGUGGAUGGAAGGACCAGAUGAAAGCUCACUGCAAAGAAGUAAUCAAAGAAAAGGGCUUGGAGCAUGUGACUGUGGAGGACCUUGUGGUAGAGAUCACUCCAAAAGGACGAGCUUUGGUGCCGGACAGCGUCAAAAAAGAGCUACUCCACAGGAUAAGAGCCUUCUUAGCUCAGCAUGCCACAUAAUUUAGAUUUUUUACUUUUCCAUUGACCAUUUGUCUUUUUAUCAUAAUACAGAAUAUUUUGUAUGGAUUGAAUUACUUGAAUCUCAAAGAUUUGUUUUUGUUGUAUUGCAUUUCAGAGGCUCGCUGACACACACUUGGCACACACUUAGUUAUCACAAACAGUUUGUGUUAAUGCUCUACAUGUACAUGUCUAGUUGUCCUUUGUAUAAGAGAUAUGCUGUAUAAAUAAAGUUUUUGAUUUACUAAACAUUCAUUUGAAAUGUAAUAAAACCUGCAGUAUAAUAGUAACAAUACAAAUAAAAUAAACAAGUUAUAUGAAUAUU